CUCUAACUACCACCGUGCCACGGCACCUGGUUACCUCAUACCUUCCCCGCGCGGCACCGCAGCCCUACAACGUGCCCACUACCCACUAUCAAGCCGCCCAUCGCUCACCCACAACCACAACCAAACCCCUCGAAGCUAUGUCCACCCGCGCAGCGACCCACGCAAACUCGUGGUACACGGGCAACAAGAGCAAGCUCAACAGCCAGCUGGAGAGCUGGCUCGCCGCGGUCGGAACCUCGAUCGAGGGCGUGGGCGAGCUUCCGCCCGAUGGCGCAAGGGUCAUCAUCGCUCCGCAUGCAGGUUACUCCUACUCCGGACCUGCGGCCGCGUGGGCUUACAAGUCGCUGGAUGUCUCUACUGCGAAACGGGUAUUCAUCCUCGGCCCGUCACACCACGUGUAUCUUGACCACUGCGACCUCUCGGCGUGCAAAUACUAUGCGACGCCACUCGGCAACCUCGCCGUAGACACAGAGACUUUGCGGGAGCUGCACGAGUGCGGUGAGAACUUCGGGUGGAUGACGCAGAGCACCGACGAGGACGAGCACUCGAUCGAGAUGCAUCUGCCGUACAUCUACAAGGUCCUCGAUCUUGCGGGCAAGGUGGAUUCCGUCAAGGUGGUGCCCAUCUUGGUCGGCGCUAUCAAUACCCAGAAGGAGAAGGUGUACGGCAAAGUGCUCGCAAAGUAUCUGAAGGAUCCAGAGAACGUCUUUGUCAUUUCGUCUGACUUUUGUCACUGGGGCUCCCGUUUCUCGUACACACACUACUACACCGCGCUUCCCACGAACCCCACACCCGAGUCGCCAAGCACAAAGCUCGACCACCGCACAAGGACGCCCACAGGGCCGCACCAGAUCCACGAGUCGAUCGAGAUCCUCGACAAGCUCGGCAUGAGCACUAUCGAGACUGGUUCGCAUGAUCGGUUCGCAGAGUAUCUCCAGGCGACGCGCAAUACCAUCUGCGGACGACACCCGAUCGGCGUGAUGAUGGCGGCUAUCGAAGAGGUGGCGAAGGAAAGCGAACAGAAGGGGGGCGCGAGGUUUAAGUUUGUCAGGUAUGAACAGAGCAGCAAGGUUUGUGACCCGACGGAUAGCAGUGUUAGCUAUGCUAGUGCUUUUGCUGUGGUCUAGAUGCUGGGCGGGCAGGUGGGGGAAGAGGAUAGGUCCUCUGUAAAUCAGCGGUGGCUUGGGCUGGAAUCUCAACGACUUGAAACCCCUU